AUGAAGGUCAUUUUAAAUGCCUUGGAAGUAGGUGAGAUAGUUUCAGGCGAAUGGACGAAACCAGGUCUACCUAUAAAAAAGUCGGCAGGAGAGACCGACGAGGAUGCCAAAGCACGUUGGCAAAGGCAUACAAACGCUUGGCAAAAAGCGGACGGUAAAUGUCAGAAAAUAAUAGUUACCUCAGUGGACGAUGGUCCAUUACAAUAUUUGAUUAACUGUGAGACUGCAUUGGAAAUGUGGGAGAAACUGCUGAGUAUUUACGAGCAGAAGUCUGAGGCAAGUAUACAUUUGCUUCAACAACAAUUUUUCAGUUAUUCAAAGGAGUCGACAGAUGACAUGUCGACGCAUAUUUCUAAAUUGGUCAAUUUAGGAAGGAAACUGAGUGUAGCGGGUGAACCAGUUACGGAUAACAUGGUUAUGACAAAAAUACUAAUGACACUACCAAAAGAAUAUAAUCAUUUUUACAGUGCUUGGGAUUCAGUCCCAACGGGAAGUAAAAAUAUAAAUAAUUUGACUAGUCGAUUGUUGAUUGAAGAAUCACGGGUUAUCCAGAUCAAAGGUGAAGUUGGUGAACAAGAGAAAUCGAGUGCAUUUCCGGCCAAAUUUCAAAACAGAUCUGAUGGAAGAAACGGCAGUCGUAAUUAUGGAAAAGGUAAAAAUCAAUUUACGAAUAAAAGUAAUAUUAAGUGUUAUUACUGUGGUAAACUAGGUCAUUAUAAAAGAGACUGUAGAAAUUUUCUACAAAAGGUACACGGUGGUAAAACCGGUACUAUAGGUGCGAACUUGAACGCAUUCGUAAGCGAGUCAAGUAUAAAUAAUAUUGCAACAGAUGCGUGGGUACUAGACUCGGGCGCGUCGGAUCAUAUGAGCGCAAAUCGAGAGUGGUUUUCAAGUUAUGAACCACUGGACAACACGCAACAAAUCACGAUAGGUGAUGGGACGAAUCUGUAUGCAGCAGGUAGAGGUAAUAUUAAUAUAUUAUCAUACGUAAAUGGUAAUUGGAAUAAAAAUUACAUGGCAAACGUGUUGCACGUGCCAGGACUAAAAUUUAAUUUAUUUUCGUGCGGAGCCGCGAUGGAUAAAGGUUUAGUAUUGACGUCAGAUAGUAAGACGUGUAUGUUAACUAAACAGGGGAAACCCGUAUGCUCAGGUAAGAGAUGCGGAAGGUUGUUUGAGUUAAACAUCAAGGUCGAAGUACCGACAAACGGGUACGCGACGGUAGCUGUCGAAAACAGGUUGUCUGUUUGGCACGAGCGCAUGGCACAUCAGAAUUUACAGUACGUAAAAAGUUGUUUGGCGAAACACGAAAUAGUAUGUUCGGCCAAGGACGACGAAUUCAUGUGCAGCAGUUGUAUAAUAGGUAAACAAACUCGUAAAUCAUUUAGUAAAAGUAAUACGGAGUAUCACAAUGUCGGUGAUUUAAUUCAUGCAGACCUAUGUGGACCAAUGGAGGUAAGCUCUAUAGGCGGUUCAAAAUACUUUUUGUUAUUCAAAGACGACUACUCGCAUUAUAGAACGGUAUAUUUUAUUAAAAAUAAAUAUGAUGUUAAAAAUAUUUUUGAGACGUUCAUAAAAAGUGUUGAAACAGAAACAGGUUCUAAGGUCAAAAUAUUACGAACGGAUAAUGGAUUAGAAUUCGUAAAUAAAGAAAUUACGGGUAUUUUACAAAAACACGGGAUUCGACAUCAGUUAACAGUUCCCUACACACCACAGCAAAAUGGAAAAGUGGAACGGGAAAAUCGUACAAUAGUAGAGUCAGCGAGGACAAUGAUUUGUGCGAAAAAUUUGGAUGUAUCACUUUGGGCGGAGGCGGUAAACACGGCUGUUUACACGCUUAAUCGAACAGGAACCAGUUCAGUUAAAAAUAACUCACCAUACGAGUUAUAUUACAAGGUAAUGCCAGACAUUAAACACUUACGAGUUUUUGGUACUGUCGUAUAUACACACAUACCAAAGCAAAAACGUAAAAAGUGGGACCCUAAAAGUGAAAAAGGAAUAUUUGUUGGCUAUUCGGAUAACACGAAAGGUUAUCGUGUGUAUUAUUCGAAAACAAAUAGAAUUUCAAUGUCUAGAGAUAUUAUAUUCGAAAACGAAGGUAAUAAAUUGGAAAAUAUAAUUGCAGACAAAUUAGAAUUCACAGAUACUCAGACUCAAGUCAAGGGCGAUCCGGUCAAGGUCGAAUUGACGACGGUCGACAACAGGAGUGGCAUGGUGCUACGUGAUCGGAAUACAUUAAAAGCGCCGAUCAGGUAUAAUGUGUCGUCGUUCGUCGCCAAUCUCGUUGAACCACUAAAUCGUGAUGAAGCGAUAGCUGGCCCACAGAAAAACGAGUGGGAGCACGCUAUGAGUGAUGAAAUUAAAUCACUACACAGAAACAACACUUGGUCACUAGUUAAUUUGCCCCAGGGCAAGGUUGCGUUACGUAAUGCAUGGGUGUUCAAAACCAAAUAUAAAAGUGACGGUAAUAUCGAUAAGUUUAAGGCCAGAUUGGUCAUUAAAGGUUGUUCACAGAAAUACGGUAUAGAUUACCAUGAAACAUUUUCGCCAGUGGUCAGAUACGAAUCAAUUAGGGCGAUAUUCGCAGUAGCAGCUGUGGAAAAAUUAAUACUACGACAAUUCGACAUCAAGACAGCAUUUCUGUACGGAGAACUACAGGAAGAAAUUUACAUGGUACAACCACCAGGAUACGAAGAUGGAUCGAAUAAAGUAUGUAAGCUUCAGCGUAGUUUAUAUGGCUUAAAACAAAGUCCAAGAUGUUGGAAUAUACGCUUUAAGAACUUUUUGAAUGCAUUUGGUUUACAAUGUACCGAAGCGGAUGCAUGUGUAUUCAAAGCUGAUAACAGCCAAAUUAUUCUUGCAAUAUUUGUUGACGAUGGUUUAAUCGCGGCAGAUAAUGAAGAGAUAAUAGAGGAACUUUUAACGAACUUGGAGAAAGAGUUUGAGGUUAAAAAAGGAAACUUAGAUUAUUUCCUAGGUAUGCAGGUAAAUAUAAGGAAAAAUGGUUCAUUAUUUGUGCAUCAGACAAAUUAUGCAUGUAGCAUAAUUAAUAAAUUUAAUAUGCUGGAUGCCAAGGAACUUUCAAUACCAAUAGACAAAUCACAUACACUUGAACAAAAAGAAGAUACGGAAAUAUUGAAUGAAGAUAUUCCUUAUAGGCAGGCAGUAGGUAGCUUACUGUUCUUAUCACAGGUAACAAGACCAGAUAUAGCAUAUGCAGUAAACUUUGCUAGUCGUUACUUAGCAAAACCAACUAAAGCUCAUUGGAACUUGGUAAAACGGAUUAUACGAUAUAUCAAGCGAACAUUUAAUUAUGGCUUGUACUUUAAUAACAAAAUAAAAUUGUCAUUAGAAAUAUUUAGCGAUGCAGAUUACGCAGGCGACAUUCAGACACGACGUUUGACGUCAGGAUUUCUAUUCAGGUACGGGUCAAGCAUAAUUUCAUGGACAUCACAGAGACAACAUUGUGUGUCGUUAUCAUCGACAGAGGCUGAAUAUAUUUCGGCCAGUGAAGCUGUCAAAGGGAUCUUGUGGAUUACACGGUUGAUAACAAGCUUAUCAACAACAGGUGACAAACAACCAGUUUUAUUUAUAGAUAAUCAUAGUGCUAUACGUUUAGUUAAGAAUCCGGAGUUUCAUAAGAGGACAAAACAUAUAGACGUACGGUACCACUUCAUACGGGAGAAAUACGAAGAGGGACAAUUCCAACUACAGUACAUUGGAACAGAGGACCAGAUUGCGGACAUUCUAACCAAGCCUUUGGUUAAGGAACGAUUCGAGAAGUUGCGGUCAGCCAUAGGAGUGACUACAAUUAAAGAGAUUAUUAAUUGA